GAAAGGGCACAAGGAGAUGGCGCAACGUCUCUUGGAAAUCGAUACAGGUCUUGCUCAAAUCAAAGGGAUGAAUGGUGAGACUCCUCUGCACUACAUUAGUAAAUUUGGAAACUGUGAUGAUCUGUUAGAUAAAAUUUUGAAGGCUUGCCCUGAUUGUAUCCGAGAUGUUACAAAUCAAAACCGCACUGCUUUGCAUAUGGCAGUGGAAAACAAAAGAUUGGACGUCCUCCAAGUACUAAUUGGAAUGCUUAGGAAGAAAGACUAUUAUCGAAAACAGUGAACCGGAAGGACGAAGAUGGCAACACCGCACUGCACUUAGCUGCUAGAUAUAAUCAACUCGAGAUGGUGAAGCUGCUAUUAAACUGCAAAGCAGAUAGGCAAGCCAAGAAUCAGGAUGGUUCGACAGCACUGGAGGUUGCAGAACGACAUAAUAGCAGAGAAAGCAUCACUGUUCUACGUGGUUUCUUCAUUCCUUUAGUGUCAAACUUUUCUCAACAUGUUGAUAAACAAAUCAUCAAAUACAUUACAAAAGCAUCAUCGUUAAUUUUUCACGAUAUGGAGAAUAUAUCAGAGCAGGACCGCAAUGCUUUACUAGUAAUUCUAGGACUCCUGCUGACUGCUACCUACCAAACAAGUUUCAGCCCGCCCGGUGGUGUUUGGCAGGCCGACUGUUCUUCUAGCUCUGCUGGCUCAACACUUAUCGAAAAAAGGGAAUCACCAGGGAGUAUAGGAACAGCAGUGAUGGAUAAAUCAUAUUUCCUUCUUUUCUAUAGUCUAACUUACGUCGUCUUCAUCGCAACCUUCUUCCUAACACUAGCCCUGCUUAGACCUUUCCCCCGUGGUAUCAGAACAGCACUUCAAUUACUACUCGCGUUUCUUGCACUCUGCUUCGACCAAUCGAUAUCUAUCAUAGCUCCAACCUUCUCAACAGCUAUAAUUCUAAAUAUAUUUUCAACAAUAAUGUUCGUUUUCAUGGUGUUCAUGUGCAUCUCGUACAAGGUGUCGAAACUUGCCGGAGGAAUAGUUGCAGGUGUAAUUCAAGGAUUCUUGUUAUUCCUUAUCCUAUAUGAUGAAUUCUGGAAAGGAACAUUGUUAGUUGUAGGCUACAGUCUAUUUUUUAGCGUGGGCUAUAGUAGUGGCUAUGGCUGGAAUUACCCUACAGCAUUCAUAGCAUUCUGGCUAUUACUUAACCGAAAUCCAAAAUCUGAACCUGUGACAGAUUUAUUCCAUAACACCAGUCCAGAAUCUGCUCAAUUGGCCUUUGAUCAACAAGACCAGCCACAAGUUGUCUCUAAUUUUCACCCAAUGCACACUCGGAGUAAAAGUGAGAUUCGUAAGCCAAAAUCUUAUCAUAUUGAAAUUUCUCCUCUUCUUCCUCAUAGACGAAAUCCUCUUCUUCAUCCUCUUUGUCCAGAAUUCAAGAGCCACAAACCAUUGGAGAAACACUAA